GAGAGGGAGAGAGAGACCCAAUGCAAAACCAAGUAGAGUGUGGUUAGGGUUUUGAGGCAGUUUGGCAAUGCCAAUGCUGCUGAACAGGAAGCCUUGUAUCUCCCACAACCACCACCAAAUGCCGAGGAAACUCUUCCCAACUCACCUCCACCACCACCACUUCCUCUCUCACUAUUCUCUCCUGCUCUUCUUCCUCCUCACACUUCUAACUUGUUCUGCUUCUGCUGCAAAUGUUGAGGUUCUUACUCUACAUUCAUGGCUUCAAAGCUCUCCCUCCCCCUCACCCUCUUCUUCAUCAGAUUUCUCCAACUGGAACCCUUUAGACCAAAACCCUUGCAGCUGGUCCUACAUAACUUGCUCUCCCCAAAACUUUGUCACUGAAAUAAAUAUCCACUCUGUUGAGCUAGCCCUUCCCUUCCCUUGCAAUCUCUCCUCCCUUGCCUUCCUCCAAAGGCUCAUCAUUUCUGGUGCCAACCUCACUGGAACAGUGUCACCUGAUAUUGGUCAUUGUAAUGCACUUACUGUGAUUGAUGUUAGCUCAAACAGUCUUGUGGGUUCUAUUCCUUCAAGCAUUGGAAAGCUCCAAAAUCUUCAGGACUUGAUUUUGAACUCUAACCAGCUCACGGGGCAGAUACCAAAAGAGCUUGGUGGUUGCAUCAGCCUGAAGAAUCUCCUUGUAUUUGAUAACUGUCUCAGUGGGAGUGUUCCNNNUGAGCUUGGCAAACUAUUAAACUUGGAAGUUAUUCGUGCCGGUGGCAACAAAGACAUUUCAGGAAAAAUCCCGGAUGAGCUUGGAAACUGCAAGAAUUUGCAGGUGCUUGGUCUUGCUGAUACUAAAAUUUCUGGUUCCAUCCCUUCAUCAUUGGGUAAACUAAGCAUGCUCCAGACGCUUUCGGUUUAUACUACCAUGAUAUCCGGUGAGAUUCCACCGGAUAUUGGCAACUGUUCCGAGCUUGUCAAUCUAUUUCUGUAUGAGAAUGACCUCUCUGGUUCACUGCCACCAGAGUUGGGUAAGCUUCAGAAGCUGGAGAAGAUAUUGCUGUGGCAGAACAAUCUUGUUGGGAACAUUCCUGAGGAAAUUGGGAACUGCAGAAGCUUGAAGACUAUAGAUCUCUCUUUGAAUUCUGUCUCUGGAAGCAUACCCCAAUCUUUUGGAAACCUCUCAAAUCUUGAAGAUCUUAUGCUUAGUAACAAUAACAUUUCUGGUUCAAUCCCAUCAGUUCUUUCCAAAGCUACAAAACUCUUGCAGUUGCAGCUUGAUACUAAUCAGAUAUCAGGCUUAAUCCCAACUGAGCUGGGAAUGUUGACAGAGCUAACAGUCUUUUUUGCUUGGCAGAACAAACUUGAAGGUAGCAUUCCAUCAGAAUUGGCUGGUUGUAAGAGCCUCCAAGCUAUUGAUCUCUCACACAAUGCUCUCACUGGUAGCUUACCUCCUGGCCUGUUUCAGCUGCAAAAUUUAACGAAGCUUCUCUUGAUUUCGAAUGAAAUUUCGGGGUCCAUACCUGCGGUGAUUGGAAACUGUAGUUCUCUUAUCAGGCUCCGCCUCGUAAACAAUAGAAUCAGUGGAGAGAUUCCAAAAGAAAUUGGGCUCCUUGACAAUCUUAGUUUCCUUGACCUGUCUGAAAACAAUCUUGUUGGUCUAGUGCCAGAUGAAAUUGGAAAAUGCAGUGCAUUACAGCUGCUGAACUUAAGUAACAACAGCCUUGGAGGUACUUUGCCUAGCCUUUUUUCUUCGCUCACUAGGCUUGAGGUAUUGGAUGCCUCUGUGAAUCGAUUUGUGGGUCAGAUUCCUGAGAGUUAUGGUAGGCUUGCUUCACUUAACAGGCUCAUCCUCAGCAAGAACUCACUCUCGGGACCAAUCCCCUCUUCGCUUGGUCGCUGUUCUAGCCUUCAGCUACUUGAUCUUAGCAGCAACAAGCUCACUGGCACAAUCCCGGAGGACCUGUUUGAAAUUGAAGCUCUUGACAUUGCUCUAAACCUGAGUUUCAAUGCCUUGUCUGGGAUAAUCCCACCACAGGUUUCUGCUCUUAAUAAGCUAUCCAUACUAGACCUCUCACACAACAAGCUUGAAGGCGACUUGUUGGCACUAUCCGGGCUCGAAAAUCUUGUUUCUUUGAACAUCUCAUACAACAAUUUCACCGGCUAUCUUCCUGAUGAAAAGCUGUUUCGGCAGUUGUCAGCAACGGACCUGGCAGGAAACGAAGGACUGUGUUCUAGAGGUCAUGACUUUUGCUUCCUCAGCAAUGGUACAACAAUGAGCAUGCCAAAAAGUGGCGGUUUCAGGAGGUCAUGGAGGCUUAAGUUGGCCAUUGGCUUGCUGACAACCUUGACCAUUGCCUUGACAAUUUUUGGGGCUCUUGCAGUGUAUCGAACACGAAAGAUGAUGGGAGAGGACAAUGAUUCCGAGAUGGGAGGAGACUCAUGGCCAUGGCAGUUUACUCCAUUCCAGAAGGUAAAUUUCUCGGUUGACCAAGUCCUGAAAUGUCUGGUGGAAACCAAUGUGAUAGGAAAGGGAUGUUCAGGAAUUGUUUACCGGGCAGAAAUGGAAACCGAAGACAUUGCUGUAAAGAAGCUAUGGCCAACAACAAUAGCUACACGAUACGAUUGUCAAAAUGACAGGUUCGGGAUCAAUGCAGGAGUUCGUGAUUCCUUUUCAGCUGAGGUGAAGACCCUUGGCUCGAUUCGCCACAAGAACAUUGUUAGGUUCUUGGGUUGCUGUUGGAAUCGAAACACAAGGUUGCUAAUGUAUGAGUACAUGCCAAAUGGGAGCUUGGGUGGCCUACUUCAUGAAAGAAGUGGUAACUGCUUGGAAUGGGACCUGAGAUACCGGAUAGUACUGGGAGCAGCACAGGGCCUGGCUUAUUUGCACCAUGACUGUGUUCCUCCAAUUGUUCACAGGGACAUCAAGGCCAACAACAUCCUCAUUGGUCCAGACUUUGAGCCCUGCAUUGCUGAUUUCGGGCUUGCCAAGCUUGUCGAUGAAGGAGACUUCGCUCGAUCCUCCAACACUGUUGCUGGUUCUUAUGGCUACAUUGCUCCUGAAUAUGGAUACAUGAUGAAGAUAACAGAGAAAAGUGAUGUAUACAGCUAUGGUGUAGUUGUGCUAGAAGUGCUAACAGGGAAGCAACCAAUUGAUCCAACCAUACCAGAUGGCCUGCACAUUGUGGAUUGGGUAAGGCAGAGGAGAGGGGGAGUUGAAGUCCUGGAUGCAAGCCUACGUGCCCGGCCCGAAUCCGAAAUCGAAGAAAUGUUGCAGACACUAGGUGUGGCUUUGCUCUGCAUAAACUCAACCCCAGAUGACAGGCCAAACAUGAAAGAUGUAGCAGCCAUGCUCAAAGAAAUAAGGCAGGAGAGAGAAGAGUGCAUGAAAGCUAACAUGCUUCUCAAUGGCUCUGCUGAAAAUGAAGGGCGAGAAAAUAUCAGUUGCAGUGUAGGAACCUCAUCAGCCAUGGUGGUGCAGCAUUCUUCUUACCCUUCAAGUCACAGCACAAGCUUCUCUGCAUCCUCAUUGAUAUACACUUCUCCCCCUAAUGUCAAAAACAACAGUUAA